AUGGAGCCCCUGCGGGGCGCGGCGGUGGGGCAGCAGGAGCAGGAGGAGCAGGAGCUGCUGGCGCGGGCCUUCUUCUCCUGGGCCGAGUUCAGCCGGUUCUUUGACGCGUGGUGCCAGCAGCGGCGGGCGCUGUUCUUCGUCCAGAGCUCCAUGCACCUGACGCGCUGCCACUGGGCCCGGCUGCCCCCGCUCCACGCGCUCAUCGACGAGCUCAAGUACAGCUACGUGCGGCUGGUGUGCAAGGACGUGCGUGCCCCCAGCCGGCCCGCCAUGGGGCACCAUGAGGCGGGCUGCCCCGCCUUCAUCAUCGUCAAGCUGAGCCCGCUGCGGGACCGCCUGGUGGUGACGGAGUGCCAGCUGACCCACUCGCACCCGGCCUGCCCCAUCGAGUUCGCCUACUACUUCCGCCCCGGCCGCCUGCUGGCCAACACCUGCCUGCCGGUGCGCACCACCAACAAGAUCUCCAAGCAGUUCCUGGUGCUGGCCGACGUGCACCGCCUGCUCUCCUACUGCAAGGACCGCGACCACAGCGUCAUCGACGCCCUGCGCGUGCUGCAGGGGCUCUUCCACAGGGACCCCGAGGCCAAGGUGAAGCUGGUGUUCAUGGAGAACCAGGCGGUGGUGGAGACCGUGUUCUUCCUGACGUCGCGCACGCGCGCGCUGCUGCGGCGCUUCCCGCGCCUGCUCCUGGUGGACCGGCUGCCGGGCCUGCAGGGCGCGCUGGACCUGCUGGCCGUGCUGUGCGUGGACGGCGCGGGCCGCGCGCGCCAGGCCGCCUGCUGCGUGGCGCGGCCGGGCACGCCGAGCCUGCUGCGCUUCGCGCUGGCCUCGCUGCUGCAGAGCGCGCCCGAGGUGAAGGGCCGCGUGCGCUGCCUGACGGCGGGCCCCGAGGUGGCGGCGCAGCUGCCCGCCGUGCGCCAGCUGCUGCCCGGCGCCCGCGUGCAGAUCUGCCGCGCGCAGGGCCUGGAGGCGCUGUUCAGCCGCGCGCAGGAGCUGGGCGGCGCGGGCCGCGAGGACCCGGGGCUGUGGCCGCGCCUGUGCCGCCUGGUGGGCGCCCCGUCGCCCGCCGCCUACGCCGAGGCGCUGGCCGAGCUGCGCGCCCACGGCCCCGCCGCCUUCGUGGACUACUUCGAGCGCCACUGGGCGUCCCGGCGCGACAUGUGGGUGCGCUUCCGCGCCUUCGAGGCGGCCCGCGCGCUGGACGCGUGCGCCCUGGUGCGCGGCCACCGCCGCCGCCUGCUGCGCCGCCUCAGCCCGUCCCGCAGCCUGGCGCAGUGCCUGCGCGACCUGGUGGCCAUGCAGUGGGCCGAGGCCGCCGGGGAGGCGGCGCUGGACGGCGGCGGGGGGCCGUGGCUGGAGGGCGAGCGGGGCAAGGGGGUCCCGGCGGAGGAUGAGAGAGAGAAGGGCCAGGGCCGGGAGAACGGGGACUGGGGGGGCGCCCCGUUAGAGGAGUGGGCCCGGGAGCUGGAGGCCGGAGACGGGCCCGGGGCGCAGUCGGAACACGAGAAGGAGAGGGGGGUGCAGAUGCGGUACUGGAGAGGGGUGCAGCUGGAGAACCAGAAGGUGAGGGGGCUCGAGGGGAGCGUGUGGAGAAGGUCCCAGCUGGAGAGCGAGCACCGGGGCUGGAGGGGGGCCCAGUUGGAGGGGGAGGGGGACUGGGGCCUGGAAGGUUACGCCUGGAGGGGGGCCCCCGUGGAGGACCAGGGCCUGAGGGGGCUGGAAGGGCACCCCUGGAGGGUGGACGGGAGGGCCCCGCUGGACUGGGCCAGGGGCCCGGAGGGAGGAGGCUGCAGGGGCAGGCAGGGGGCGGAUGCAAAAGCCUCUGGGCUGAAGCCGGGGGGCCAGAGUGGGCUCCCGGGGGAAGCGGAGAAGGGAGGGCGGGUGGAGGUCGGGAACUGGAGGGGGGUCCAUUCGGAGAAGCCCCCGGAGCCGGUCCCUGAGGACAGAGACCAAAGGGCGCCCCUUUGGGGACCGGAGAGGAGAGGGCGGGAAAUCAGAGAAGAGAGGGGAGCGCGGCCGGGGGGCAAGAGGAGAAGGGACCUGGAGGACGUAGUUCUGGUCCAGCUGGGGGACACGCGGCUGACAGGCCUGGAGAACGGAGGAGGCGGGGGAGCGCCGUCUGGGGGCCCCAAGAACCCAGGUUGGCCGGGCAGGGAGUGUGCGGAUGCCGGAGGGGGGUGUCCGGGGCUGGGGAACGGGGUCGUGUGCGGCACCCCCACGGGGACCGCGGUGGAGAGUGACCCUGAACGGGCAGGGGACAGGCUUCAGGACGGACUCGAAGGAGAAGGCCCGGGAGAACCAAAGAGACCUCGCUGCCCGUCCGGAGAGCGGGAGGCGGACCGGGAGCCGCUGGCCAAGUUCCGAGCGGCCUGCGGGCCGGAGCUGGCAGACCUGGUGGCCGAGGAGCUGUCCUUCGCCAGGCAGCACGGGGCCCGGGGCUUCCACACGACCGGGGCGGGCUUCGCCCUCAAGGACGGCGCCUCGGACUUCUUCCUGGACGCCGCCCUGACCCGCUGCAGCUGCUCCAUCCACGCCGCCCGGCGCCUGCCCUGCCGCCACCUCUUCGCCGCGCGCCUCCUCACCGGGGCCGCCUUGUUCCACGCGGACCUGCUCAGGGGCUGCUGGGGGAGGGCCCCCGAGUCCUGA